AUGGCUCAAUGCCACUUUCUCCAAAUAUGUAGCCCCUUAUGGAAUGAGGAGAGUUGUGUGUCCCCCAAAAGAGCGACAUCUUAUCUGGAAGCGGUUGAUCCCUCUGACGCCUAUCGACAAAAACUUUCUAGAGAUUCAACGCUCCUUCUAAAUCCUGCAGGUUCUACGUUUGCUAACCAACCCGUUCCUUCGACACAGGAGGCUCAGGCUGCUCCUGAGCAAUCUUCUAACGAUGAUGGGCGCCCUAUUUCUCAAGUCUUGAGGAAACCCAGUUCUUCUGGUCAACCACGUUCGACAGAACCUACUGUCCCUUCUACCUCCAAAAAAUCCAAAAAACACAAACGCUCUACUCCCGCGGGCUCUGAGGUAUUUCUUGUCGGCUUGUCUUCUCUUUUGGCUAGACUAUCUGCUUAUAACCUCUCCUCGUGUCUCCAACACACCUCCCAGCAUAAAUCCAAAAGCCACCAUGGCCACAAGAGGAAGAAACAUGACUCUCCUUCCAAGAGUGGCGACAACAAAAAUAAGAGGCACCAUACAAUGCCUCCUUCAGAGGCUCCUAUUGAAGAUGCCGACACCCUUGUGGUCGACACUUCCAUCCCCAGUACGGUCCCUGCUCUAGCCGUGGGAGAUUCACCGUCGAUUGGUCUCUCCCCCGCUACUGCCUUGGGGAACACAAAUCAGGAUGCAGUCUCUCCUGCAUCGACACAGGAUGAUGCCUCUACUGAGUCGACUCAACCUGUUGCCGACUACGCUCCCGCAUCGUCGGUUUCUUCUCCAACUCGCCCAUUUCAAUCUGUCGACACCGCUGGUGAGUCCAUUGAAUUUCCUCUCCAGAUUAGUGACAGUGACUCUGACUCAGUCACUAGUCCUGCAACGCAUCCGGACUCCAGUUCGACUAGUUCUGACUCGAGUCUCUCUUCAGCUUCCUUGCAGGAUCCACGGGGGGCAGUAGGUAUCGACACCAACCAACAACAAACCUCUCAGACUACUCCUUUGUCGAUUGCUUCUCCCCCUCCUCAGAUUACUUCUCCGUAA